AAGCAAGAAAAAGUACAAAUAAAUUGAAUUUCGCGGUUACCAUCACCAAUUCAUCUUCUCCGCUUCCCCCUCACACACAAUUUGCAGCCAUCGCAGUUUGGUUGUCUCCAAUCACCUCUGAAACUCUGAUUCCCUGCUCUGAAUCCGAUUGAGAAGAAAUUCACACCUGGUGGAUUUUCGAUUCGGUUAAAAAACAAUAGCUCACUCUCUCUUUUUGAUACUUUUAAUUGAUUGCAAAAUAACGUAUACAGAAGGUUAUCCUCGGCACAUACAGCCGAAGGUAAUCCUCUGCACACUAAUACGAAGGUAGUCCUAGGCACAUACAGCCGAAGGUAGUCCUCGCCUCCUCGGCACAUACAGCCGAAGGUAAUCCUCGGCACACACAGGCAGUCCUCGGCACCCAAGACUCCCCAGCGAAGUAAAGUUUCUGAGUCACGUAUUAUCUCUGCCCAAUCUAAUUUUCUAACGGAGGAACUUUUUUCCCAUCGUUUCUUAUUGCAGGAACUUUUUUCCCAUCGUUUCUUAUUGCAGGAACUUUGUUAUAUCAAAGUAUCGCAGAAACUACUUAAUAAUAGCAAGAUUUUGAUUAUGUCUCCUGCAAAAAAGUCUAGGAGUGUAAAUAAGCGAUAUUCUUAUGUAACUGAAGUCUCCCCUAGCAAAGGAGGAGAUGGCUCUAAAAGAAGCAAUCCACAGAAAAGGAAGUUGUCCAUGCUAGGCCCCCAGUGGAGUAAGGAGGAGCUUAGUCGUUUUUAUGAUGCGUACAGGAAACAUGGUAAAGAUUGGAAAAAGGUGGCUGCUGUUGUGAGAAAUCGGUCAGUUGAUAUGGUGGAGGCACUUUACUCUAUGAAUAUGGCUUACUUAUCUCUUCCAGAGGGGACUGCUUCUGUUAUUGGAUUGAUUGCAAUGAUGACUGAUCACUACUGUAACAUGGUGGAGAGUGAUAGUGAACAAGAAAGCAAUGAGGGUGCAGGAACAUCUCAUAAGACUCAAAAGCGUGCUCGAGGUAAAGUUCAGGCUGGCACAUUUAAAGGACCCGAUUUGCAAUCCCCUACUCUAGCAUCAAAUAAUGGUUGUUUGUCAUUAUUGAAGAAGAAACGCUCUGGAGGGACACGGCCUCGUGUUGUUGGGAAAAGGACACCACGGUUUCCUGUACCAUAUUCUUAUGAAAAUGCUAAAGGCCUGAACAGAUCGUUAGAUGCCAAUGAUGAUGAAGUUGCUCAUGAAAUUGCUAUAGCUUUAGCUGAAGCUUCAAAACGAGGCAGUUCUCCCCAGAUUUUACAUACACCUAGCCAUCAAACUGACAGUGCGUUAUCCACUCCCACCCAAAAAGCUGAAAAGAAGAAGAGUAGCCUGAAAAUGGGCAAUCUCAAGUUUCCUAGCAGUGAAAUGGAUGAGAAUGAAGGAAGCAUGGAAGCCGACACCGGAGAACUACACAGGUUGAGGGAAACUGGCCGAACAAUCCAGAAGGGGAGCAGGGUCUCUGGGAAAAAGUCAGAAACUGACGUCACUAGUGAUGCUAAAUUUGUUGACAACAAGGAAGCAUGUAGUGGUACAGAAGAAGGUUAUAGGUUAGAUGUAGUAAGUACAGAGCAUGACAUGGAGGUUGCUGAUGAAAAAGUUUUAAACGCUUCAUCCCUCGGUCUCAGAAAGAGGAGCAAAAAGGUUCUUUUUCAGAGAGAUGACAGUGCUACCUUUGAGGCUCUUCAAACUUUGGCUGAUCUAUCAUUAAUGAUGCCAACAAUAGAAAAUGAAAAUGAGCUAAUGAUGCACAUCAAAGAUGAAAGUGGCCACAUUGAAGAAUCUGAAACCAUGGAAGCUCUGCCUACGAACCGGCAAAAGAAGAAAUACAGAACAUCUGGAGUUAAAACUAAAUGGACUCAGCCUACUUCAGAACUUGAGGUUGCAUCUAGUGCAAUGUCAAAGCAUGUAAAAGGUUCAGUUGAUGAUAGCACUUUUUCUGAAAAAAAGCAGAUGAGAAAAAAUAAAAAAAUAUCAACAUCUAAGGCACAGAAAGGUGAAGUUCAUCCCAGUAAUGAUCUCUCUGAUCCUCCAGUGUCUGAUAAAAAGGAUGCACUGAAGAAGCCAAUCAGCAAGGGUAAAAGAUCUUUGCAGCAGAGCUCUUCACCUAAAGUAAUGAAGAAUCAAGAUCAUCCCUCAAGUGCAGAUCUAAGAAUAGAGAGAAGCGAUCCAGCUCAAAUGGCUUCAGAAGUCCUUGUAGCAAACCAAGCCACAUUGCCUGAUAAAGUUACGAGUAGGCGUAAGAUGGUGAUUGAGAAACCACAAAAAGUAAGCGAUUCGACUUUUCCUGAUAGCAUGUUGGAUAAUAACUGCGGCCCGCCCUUUGUUUCAGUCAAUGCCAAAGUGGACAAUGUUCAGAAAAAACUUUCUAAUUGCCUAAGCAACCCACUUUUAAUGCGAUGGUGUACAUGUGAGUGGUUCUACAGCCCAAUUGAUAAUCCCUGGUUUGCUAAAAGGGAGUUUGUUGAAUACUUGGACCAUGUUGGGUUGGGACAUGUUCCCAGGCUAACUCGUGUUGAGUGGGAUGUGAUAAGAAGUUCUCUCGGUAAACCGCGUCGAUUUUCUAAACAAUUUUUGAAGGAGGAAAAGGAGAAGCUCUAUGAUUACCGUGAGUUUGUUAGAACACAUUACACUGAUCUACGUGAGGGUACUAGGGAAGGAUUACCUACUGAUCUUGCAAGGCCAUUAUCUGUUGGACAACGUGUCAUUGCCAUCCACCCUAAAACAAGAGAAAUUCAUGAUGGAAGUGUUCUUACAGUUGACCAUUCUAGGUGUCGGGUUCAAUUUGACCGUCCUGACCUUGGAGUUGAAAUUGUCAAGGAUAUUGAAAGCAUGCCUUUAAAUCCCUAUGACAACAUGCCUACACAGCUCAGCAGGGACAAGCAUGCUGCUGUGCAUAAGUUAUUUGAGAACUUCAAUGAGAACAUUCUUAAUGAGCGAGCAAAUGACAAUAUGAAAUUAGUGUCAGGUGACAAUCUAGAGAACGGCGAUGUUUUCCAUUGUUUGCCUUCAUCAACCUGUGUGCAAAAUAACUUAUUAUUGAAAUCAGAGGCAGAUACAGCAGAUGACGAUGGGAAUGCUAAAAUUAGGCCAAGUGACGCUGUUCUGCAAACCGCAAUUUCUCAACCCGGUACAGUGGGGCAGAACCAAGCUAAAGAAGCCGAUGUUCAAGCUCUUGCCAAGCUGACUCGUGCUCUCGACAAAAAGGAUGCUGUAGUUUCUGAGCUGAGGCGCAUGAAUGACGACAUUUUGGAAAACCAAAGGAGUGGUGACUGCACACUCAAUGACUCUGACCCUUUCCGAAAGCAAUAUGCUUCUAUAAUAGUUCAGUUAAAUGAAGUAAAUGACCAGGUUUCAUCUGCUUUGGGUUGCUUGAGACAGAGGAACACGUACCAAGGGAAUGCAUCUCUUAGUUGCCAAGGGCAGUUGCUAAUUCCGGUGAUGCUGGUGCUGAUACAUUGAGCACGUUUGGUUAUUGUACAAAUAAUCAAAUCCACGAAUCACGGUUUCAUAUCGAUGAGAUCAUUGAGAGUUCAAGAGUAAAAGCCAGAACUAUGGUCGAUGCUGCUGUCCAGAACUCUAAAUCCACGAAAGCACUAGACGGUUUACAAAUAUUGGAGUCCACUUAGGGUUCUGAGGAAUCUGAGCCUCGCUGAACAAAACCAUGGCUGCAAAAAACCUCUUCACUAAACAUCCCCAAUUAAGUUGGAUCGGAAGACUAAAUGGAGGAAGGAUACUUUUUCAUUGACAUCCCUCCAUUUUGAUAGAAGAAUAAGGGGCACGUUACAGUCGGGGAAGGAGAAGCUCGAAUUUGAACAAGUGGACGAACCAGAGAAGCAUCUUGGCGACGACAUCCAUGCGUUGAAGCGGUGAAGCAGAAGAGCAGCGGCGGGUAGGCAUGGAACAACGACGACGAAGUGCAGCUGAGAGCGAAAGAGGGAUAGAGUCAGCCGGUGAAGAAGAAAGUGAAAGGAGGAAGUGAACGGCGGGAGAGGAAGGGGAGGAAGGUGGGUACAGCCGUACAGAGCGGACCGCCGGUGAACUAGCUGGCCUAGACAUGUACGGAAAUGUUGGUGAAGUUGCUAAGGAGGCGGCACGAAGCGUAUAGGAAAGAAAGAAAAAGAAAUAAAGAAAAGAACUGAUCACUGAUUCUAAUAAAUUGAAGAACAAUGUGAAGCAUGGAAAUGAGGCAGACAUCCCCGCAGAACUUAUUACCAAAUGUGUUGCUACACUCCUUAUGAUUCAGAAGUGUAUAGAACGACAGUUUCCCCCGGCUGAUGUGGCAAAAAUACUGGAUUCGGCUGUUUCAAGCUUGCAGCCUACCUCUUCUCACAAUCUUCCACUCUUUGCUGAAAUAGAGAACCGCAUGGGGAUAGUAAGGAACCAAAUACUGGCCCGAAUACCAACCUAGUCAUAUGCAUGUGCUUCGUGCCCGUUUCAUGAGAGCAAAUGGGAGUUAACUGGUAGUGAGGGAGUGCCACAAGGGUUAGGUCUCGGGUUCGAAUCCCGGCAACUGCGAUGAGGGGUUACUAUGCUAAAAAAUGCAUAGGGUUCCUGCAAGUACCGGGGACAGAGCCCCACUCUCUAUCUGUCAGAUUGUGAUUAUAGUCCAAUUUACAUCCUCCCAUCGUGCCGUCCAGUCGGUGUUGGGGGGCCCUCAGGGAUGGGGUGUCAUCCUUUUUUUUUUAUGAGAGCAAAUGGGAGUUAACUGGUUCAAUGAGUUGAUUAUAGAAUGACUAAUAUUUAAAAGAUGUGGAAAGAAAUGUCAUUUAUCUUAGCUACGUUUAUCUUAGUUUUAGCCUAUUUAUCCUAUGCAAGUCAAAUGAUUUGGUAUUUGGUUGAAGGGCGAGCUGAUGAGCCAAAAUCACGGGUCACCAAAAGCCGUUCUUUUCUUCUUAUUGUAUUCUGGUUUUAUAUACAUGGUAAUCUUGUAAAUUUGCAAUGGGUAGAUAUUACUGUAAAUGAAUUAAUGAAAUAGCCAAGUCAUUUUGGUCUUCGUGUUCAGUCUAUAUGUAGUGGUGAAUGGUGAUAUAACAUCUUCUAAAGGAAUUUACACAAGGACGG